AUGAUGCAUUUCCGCGGAGACGAGCAUAUGGUUUUUCCGGGGAUGCUGCUGGUGCUGGUGAGUAGAAAAACAGAUGUUACGAUACUGGGUACUGUCUUCUGUCAGCCGCUGUGCGGCGGUGAGGAUGAUGGAUGCUUUUUCUCUGAAGUGAUGCUUCAAUCGACGAAUAGCGCAUAUGGAAUUCUCCAAGACUGGAAGCGUGGAAGACUGGAAGCGUGGAAGACUGGAAGCGUGGAAGACUGGAAGCGUGGAAGACUGGAAGCGUGGAAGACUAGAAGCGUGGUAGACUGGAAGCAUGGAAGACUGGAAGCGUGGAAGACUGGAAGCGUGGAAGACUGGAAACGUGGAAGAUUGGAAACGUGGGAGACUGGAAGCGUGGAAGACUGGAAGCGUGGACGACUGGAAGCAUGGAAGACUGGAAGCAUGGAAGACUGGAAGCGUGGAAGACUGGAAGCGUGGAAGACUGGAAGCAUGGAAGAUUGGAAGCGUGGGAGACUACUGGAAGCCUGGAAGAUUGGAAACGUGGGAGACUGGAAGCGUGGAAGACUGGAAGCGUGGAAGACUGGAAGCGUGGAAGACUGGAAGCGUGGAAGACUGAAAGCGUGGAAGACUGGAAGCGUGGAAGACUGGAAGCGUGGAAGACUGGAAGCGUGGAAGACUGGAAGCGUGGAAGACUGGAAGCGUGGAAGACUGGAAGCGUGGAAGACUGGAAGCGUGGAAGACUGGAAGCGUGGAAGACUGGAAGCGUGGAAGACUGGAAGCGUGGAAGACUGGAAGCGUGGAAGACUGGAAGCGUGGAAGACUGGAAGCGUGGAAGACUGGAAGCGUGGAAGACUGGAAGCGUGGAAGACUGGAAGCGUGGAAGACUGGAAGCCGUGGAAGACUGGAAGCGUGGAAGAUUGGAAACGUGGAAGACUGGAAGCGUGGAAGAUUGGAAACGUGGGAGACUGGAAGCGUGGAAGACUGGAAGCGUGGAAGGCUGGAAGCGUGGAAGACUGGAAACGUGGAAGACUGGAAGCGUGGAAGACUGGAAGCGUGGAAGACUGGAAGCGUGGAAGACUGGAAGCGUGGAAGCGUGGAAGACUGGAAGCGUGGAAGACUGGAAGCGUGGAAGACUGGAAGCGUGGAAGACUGGAAGACUGA